AUGACAGACGCGGCUGCGGCUGCUCCGGACAAAGAAGAGGAAGGCGAGGAAGCAGAAGACGGAGAGGAGGAAGACGAGGAAGAAGAAGACGGAGAGGAGGGAGAAGAAGAGGAUGAAGAAGAGGAUGAAGACGAGGAAGAAGAGGAAGAAGACGGAGAGGAGGAAGAAGAGGAAGAGGAGGAAGAAGGCGGAGAGGAGGGAGAAGAAGAGGAUGAAGAAGACGAAGAAGACGGGGAAGAAGAAGACGGAGAGGAGGAAGAAGAGGAAGAAGACGGAGAGGGCGAAGAAGAGGAAGAGGAGGGAGAAGGCGGAGAGGAGGGAGAAGAAGAGGAUGAAGAAGACGAAGAAGACGGGGAAGAAGAAGACGGAGAGGAGGAAGAAGAGGAAGAGGAGGACGAAGAGGAAGAGGAGGAACAAGACAGAGACGAGGGAGAAGACGAGGAAGAGGAAGAGAAGAGAGAAGAACGCGUAGGUUCGACGGGCUGCGCCAGAGAGGCCCUUGAGACGGUGAGCGUGGGAAGCAGAGGAGAAUCAAGACUCCCGGAAGGCACUGAAGGAGAUGAAGACGAGGACAAAGAGGAGGAAGAGGGCUGCGAGGUUGCUGCGAACCCGGAGCAAGUGCUGGGAGGUGCCGAUGAUGAUUGA